AUGGGCCCAUCUGUUGUUGCAUUCGCGUUCGUGGCUUCUAUCGAUUCUAUCAGGUUGUUUGGUCCAGCCAUGGCGCCUCGCAUGCAAGCCCGGAAGCGCCCCAGCACGGCUGCCCUGCCAGCAGCGAAGGUGGCCAAAACCAGACAGGAUACAACUGCGCUGGUGGCCGAGCUCGUGACGGCUCUGAAGCGCUCCUUUGAUCAGAACAGAAACAGAAAAGAUGCCACCGCCAUGACCGGGUAUGUGAAAGGCAAGUUCCCUUACUAUGGCCUCAAAGCCCCCUUGCGCCGGCAGCUGGCUGGCGAAGUGCUCGCAUCAUGGCAGGCUCGUCACCAACACGACAUCGACCAGGACGUGGCGCGGCAACUGCUCGAGGCACUCUACUGCUGCAAAGAACGCGAGCUGCACUACGUGGGUGCCGAGGUUUGCUCUGGACUCCUGCGGAAAGGCCGUGUCGGUUGCGAUUUCCUACCCGUUGUAAAGCAUGGCGUUACAAAGAACAGCUGGUGGGAUACGGUGGACAUUUUUGCCGCGUCAUCAAUGUCGCCCUACCUGCUGGCUUGCGGAGGUGGAAGCGCUCCAAGUUCAGAUUUGCUUCUAGAAAUGGACCAGUGGGCCGUUUCGUCAAAUGUCUGGCUUCGCAGAACUGCCAUCCUUUGCCAACUGAAGCUGAAAGGGCUCACAGAUGUCAGAAGGCUUCAGCGUUACAUCCUCCUGAAUGCUUCUGACAAGGAUUUCUUCGUGCGGAAGGCUAUUGGCUGGGCUCUCCGUGAGUAUGCAAAGCAUGACGCAAAGUGGGUGAAGCAGUUUCUCAAGCAGCACAAGGAUCGGCUAUCAGGUCUGUCCGUGCGCGAGGCGAGCCUGCAUUUGAGCAUCUGA